CAUUGGGAUUCAUAACCCUCAAUUUCAACAGCUAAAAACACACCAGGCAUGAGCACUGGCCCCAAACGAACGUUCUACACUGAGUUUGACUGAGUUUUUGAUCAAAUAAUGUUAUUAGUGUGACAAAAGCUGAUAAAAUGAAGGAAAUAGUGGCUCCCCAGCAGUCUAACCACUCCCUAACCAACCACUUUGCAACGAACAAUGGUAACCCAAGUGGAAACAGUGUGACAAAUGGAAAUAACCAGAGGAGAUACGCUGUACUCAGCACAGAGUGGAUAUCAACAAUCGGUGAGGAAUUGGGUAUGCACCCACUUCCUGAUUCUGUUCUGAAGAGACUUGCUGAGGAUGCCUCAUAUCGCCUCAGAGAAGUCCUUCACAAGUGUGUGACAAGGCUCAGGCACAGCAAGAGGCGACGACUGACCUCAACAGACGUUAACUCAGUGAUAUCCAAUCUCUGUGAUGGUGAUCCAAUCCUAGGAGUGUCAGACCAAAUGCCCACUUAUCACUCCGAAGCCAAAGUCUUCGUUCCCCACGAGACCGUCAUCGACCUCACCACCAAAGCACUCAGUCCCAUCAGUUUGUCCCAACCUGGAGCUCCCUAUCUCCAGGAAACCGAGAUUUGUGAUGCCAAACUAACAGAGACUAGACACAGCUACGCCAAGAGAGCACUGAAGACAAUUUUCAAUGGGUCUCAAAAGACUUUUCAAGUCCUCCUGAACGACUGCUCAACUAACGCACAAUUGGGGGGCGAGGGAAUCAUUGAUACUUUGAUAUCCACAGCUAGGUCAACUGUCAUCUCGAAUAAUGCUCAGUAUACGAGGGUUACCACGAGGACUUGUCAAUUGAUCAUUGCUAUUGCUUGUAAUAGUGAAGCUGUUUAUCCUUAUCAUUUGUCUUCGGUAGAAAAAUUGACUGAAUUGUUGUUGGAAUUGCUCCUCGGCUCUAGCUUUAUAAACCCCCACGUGGAGUCAUUAUUCAAAACUUGUGCAUUGAAAUUGAUGCUGAGAUGGCCCUCAGUAGCAGAUAAAUUCACUCCAAUGUUGGAGGAUGUGUUCGUGAAGGAGGAACGGGGAAGUGCAGCUACUGAUAAAAAAAGACUGACUGCUAUGGAGCUGCUGGCUGGUGUCCAGCCUCUAACGUUCUUCCAGCAGGUCCCCGGAGGUCUUUUGUCUUUAGACAAUGUUGUUAAAUGUGCACCUGCUGGCUCAGUCCUAUGGGAACAAUUAGCCUUGUCUGUUUGUGCCUUGAUGAAGUCAAGACAGCAGGAUCUCGAUUUAUCACCCCUAAUUGAUCAUUUUGGAGACUCAAUACUGCCUUAUUUCAAUCAACAACAAAAUGUACCAGAGGAGAAUCAGGAAAAUCGACCGCCCGUGGUUCUUCCAAUAAUAGUUAGAAGUAAAAUAAAAUACGCAAAUAUUAGACAGAGUUUGAAAAACAUUGGAGACAGACAAGUGACCUUUCCAGACUCGAUAUUACGAGGACCAAGAAGAGAAAUCAGGUUUGCCUUUGCUGGUGGUCGUCCAGUUCCUCCCAACAAUUUACGACGUGUUAGUUUACGUGCCAGUUACCAAAUACUCCGAAGUGAUAUGCGUGCAACAACUGCCCUUGUUGCUUGUAGAAGGCUCCUAAUACUCAAGGAUAAAAAGAAGAACAUCAGAGGCUCGUACAACUUAGCUGAUAUUCAUCUUUAAAUGUUAUUCCCUAAUUAUUUAUGUUUUUCAUUGAGUGCAAAUGGAAGGAUAUUUACGCAUUCCUCAAGCCUCGGAUUUUUUUUGAGGAAUUUUUCUCCAGAAUAGUUAACUGUGAGGACAUUCACUCAUUGUUGAAAUGGAAAUUAAAACGAGAGAGUUGAUGGUAAAA